AUGAGUGUGGAACUAAAACCACAAGCCCAAGAAGGGCCAAGUCUGAGUCAAACACCUGGAAGAAUAAUUAAUAGAAGAGUUUCUGUACCAAAGAAGUCUUUAGAGACAAGGCUAUGGGAUUUACUUCAGCCUUUAGCAAGGCUAUGGGGGAUUGUUACAGCUGUCGUUAUGAGCGGCGCAGGCGCAGAGUUAACUGUGUUAGAGUAUGAUAUAGCACCAGCAGUGAUAGCUGGUGCCGCGUUAGUUUUCAUUCUCGAGACCAUGUGGGUGAUAGCUCUCUUCGUGGAUCUCUUGGGUCGUCGUGGCGAGUACACCCUCGGUCUACGUUGCUGGGACUUCCUCAGAUGGUCGUGUGGACGGGCUCGAGCUCCCUUCUACGCUUGUGUAGCCACAGCACUACUGUUCGCUAAUCUCACCUUACUGGCCACGACAUCGGGCGGAUUGCUGUUAGUGCUGGCAGCGCUUCGUGCAGCGGUGCCUUUCUCACCGUACGCGAGUCAUGGUCCCCAUUCACCUCGUGCUGGUAGUUCCUUGCUGAGCCAGCAUGACAGCAAUUUACCUGAUGUGUACUACAAUGCAGCGAACGCAACUGACGAUAAAUGCGAAGAGAUGACCGUGUUGAACGUGCAAUCACCUUCAAGGGAAUCUCGUAAUGCACAGAAGCCGAAACUCUUAGAACUUUAA